AUGACCUCACACGACCAAGCUCGCCCAGCUUCCAACCUGCUGCGCGCGACUCCAGCCGGCGCCGAUCCGAACCCAAGACCACUAAUUGCAACCAUCGAGUUCGAUUCGUUGCAGCCGUGCGAAACCCUCGUCACGGCCAAGACGGGCCACAAGGUCAUUGCCAGCUUCAAUGUAGCCUCUUGGCCCGCACACGCUAUGUACAUACCUGGUGGACCGGCUAUUUUCCAACCGCCAGCCAUGCCCGCCAUGCUGGAGCGGAAGCAGGACACGAGCCCGGCUACGAGUUGGCAUACCGACCCCUGGCCCUCCGGCACCUCCCGUUCAUGGAAGCCUAUGGAAACACUGGCGUGGAAGCGCUCUUGUUUGGCCAUCCAGGCCAUGUCGCCGGACUUUCGUUUCGACGACAUUGAUGUCGCCAUGAGUGUGACCCAUUGUCGUGGGCUUCUAGCAAUGUGCACCGGGGCCGAGGACCACCGCUGUUUCUACCAAAUCUCGCUCGUCCACAACAUAUUAGUGGUCAACCGCGUAUUUCGUCGCCAGAAGCCUAGGACAGGGGAAACCCCCGGCGAAGAGGAAGAGAAGAGCCCCGACGAUAGUCAUCCUACUCAGCGAAGCUCGUUCGAUUUCGGCAAAUACUUCGAAAGCAAGUUUAGAAAAUGGCCCCCUGGGCUCGAGAAUAGCUACAACCAUGUUCGACACCUGCAGUACGACCUAGGUCAGCUAAAGUGCUUGAUUGGGGUCGGGGUCGACGCCACUAUCCAUGCUCCAGUAGAAAUGAGGACGUCAGGAUCGUCGCAAGCUAUGCCUCCAAGGUCGUUCGAGAUGGAGGGUUUCCAGGUCGUCCUACAGGGUGCCAACCCAAAUACUUCUGCCGCCGAGAUGAAGACAAAGCGGCAGUUCAGACAACACGAAAUAGACCAAGUCUGGUUCAGCCGGACAGCCAACUUGAUCCACGCCGACAUGGGCCUCGACAAGGGUAAAACGUCACAGAACAGCGACCAUGUAUUCGUCCGAAACGUCAAAGUGGAAGAUACGAGCAAUCGACUCCAUCAGUGGGAGAAUGUGGAGCGCAACCAGCUCGCGCUACGAAAGCUUAACAACACCCCCAACACCUACACCAACACCAACAUGCCGGACACCUACCAUCUCGCAGCAGACGCAGAGGAAGCACUGUCGCCCGGCCUCAGCCCCAAGCGCUCGGAGACGUUCUCGAGUUUCACUACCGAGGAGAAGACCAUCGAUGGCGUUACCUUCCUCGACAUCCUACCAGCUGAGCCCUACAAGCUCCAAGUCCUGGUCCAUCUAGGUCCUGGCCUGGAGACUCGCUGGCGCUCAAUCACAGUCACCGAGAGCGACGACGUCGCGACCAUAGUCAAGAAGCUGCUCUCCGAGUACAAGAGCUCAGUCUCCUGGUUAUGGCGGCUCCAAUACCGCGUCGUCGAGGGCAAGACGCUCACUCUUCAGAAGGCCGCGCUGCGGAACGCAGCUACCUUCGAACAAAGUGGUCCGGCCCACUGUGACCACCCUCAAUGCUUCAUCGGGCGAUGCGAAGACGCCGGCGACCUCACGAGGGCCUUCUUGUUCCCCCCCGACUGUCUAUAUCAGUGGAGCGGAUACAAGCUAGACAAGUCUGCGUACAAAGACUGCCGGGUCACGUCCGGCCACGAGGUCCUCCUGAUCACCCACACGCCUCCCGUUCCCAAGCCCAAGAAGGAGAAGAAAGAGAAAGAAGAGAAGAAGCCCAAGACCACGCGAGCGAAGGAAUCGCACUCCGCCAACUCGUCGACAUCGAGCACCGGCCUGGUAUCGGAACCGGAGCAUAAGUCUGACGGGGUGUGUUGUACAGUGUGCGGAAUCAUCACGGUCCUCGUCAUCCUCGCUGUCGCCGGAUUGUUCGUAUGGGCUUUUGUCAAGGUACCACCACAAAGCCCCAAGUAA